ACCCGGAGGUAGAAAAGGCCUCGCGAUGCCGUCACCGCCGGAGCUCCUCCGGCUCCUCCUUGCGCUAGUUCUUGUCACAGCCGGCAAUGCGGCGGCGGCGGUGGAGCUGCCAGAGUUCCGGGAGGCCCCGGCCUUCCGUAACGGCCGGGGGUGCGGCGGCGCCGCUGCCCCCACCAUCCACAUCGCCAUGACCCUCGACGCUACCUACCUCCGGGGCUCCCUCGCCGGCGUGCACUCCGUCCUCCAGCACGCCUCCUGCCCGGAGAACGUCGUCUUUCACUUCCUCGCCACCGCACCUCGCCGCCUCCGCCGCGCCGUGGUCGCCGCCUUCCCGGGCCUCCCCUUCCACAUCUACCGCUUCGACGCCGCCCUCGUCCGCGGCAAGAUCUCGACCUCCGUUCGCCGCGCCCUCGACCAGCCCCUCAACUACGCCCGCAUCUACCUCGCCGACCUCCUCCCCCGCACCGUCCGCCGCGUCAUCUACUUCGACUCCGACCUCGUCGUCGUCGACGACGUCGCCCGCCUCUGGGCCAUCGACCUCGGUCCCCACGUCCUCGGCGCCCCCGAGUACUGCCACGCCAACUUCACCUCCUACUUCACCGACCGCUUCUGGUCCGACCCCUCCUACCCUCUCACCUUCUUUGGCCGCCGCCGCCAUCCGUGCUACUUCAACACCGGCGUCAUGGUCAUGGAUCUCGAGAGGUGGCGCGCCGGCGACUACACCAAGAAGCUCGAGUCCUGGAUGGAGAUCCAGAAGAAAGAAGCCCGGAUCUACGAGCUGGGGUCGCUGCCGCCGUUCCUCCUGGUGUUCGCCGGCGAGGUCAAGGGGGUGGAGCACCGGUGGAACCAGCACGGCCUCGGCGGCGACAACGUGGAGGGGCUGUGCCGAGACCUCCAUCCGGGCCCUGUGAGCCUCCUCCACUGGAGCGGCAAAGGAAAGCCCUGGCUCCGCCUUGACGCCCGCCGGUCGUGCCCCCUCGACAGCCUCUGGGCGCCGUACGACCUUCUCCGCCGCAAGGGCCGGGACCUCCUCGCCGAAGGCUGACCGGCCGGCGAUCGCCGCCGCAGAUCUCCCGUUUCUUUGGUGGGAUCACUACUCUUUUCUUUCCUUCUUUUUUUUUCACUCUACUACGGCGAGGAAAUGGACGGAUCGGCCAAUGACCGGGUGAGACUGCCAAUUGGAAAGGGGGAAAAAGGUGACGAUCGGGGAGACAGCUGGCAGACAAAAGCGACGCGCUGGAAUCCGCGUCCGGAUUUCUUCAGAAAUAUUUAAAAAAAAUGGAUGGUUUCUUUUAGAAACAGGAUUUAGAUGAUUUUGGGUCGACGUAUAAUGAUGCGAGGAUGAUGUACAUUUUGGCCUCGUGGAUUAAAAGACGGAAGGGGUGGUAAUUUAUACAGAAAUGGAUGUUGUGAGCGGAAUAUAUAGUCAUAGACAGGGUGGGAGGAAAUUAUUUGAUGGUAUAUAAAUGGGGUUUAGGAUUAAAAUGUGAGAUAAAAUUUGUUAUUUUAUUCUUCCACAUGACAGCUGGUGGAAAAAUUGGGAGUGUUCUGUUGUUAAUUUUGUUGUCUCCCUGCUCAAACGGAUGAACUCGGUUCAUGAUGGAUUUUUAUUUGCUUAUCUA